GGACAUUGCUAGUCAGGAGGGCCCUGAACGCCCAGUCUGAGCUUGUAAACAGGUGCUUGCAGUAAUAAGAACUCGGGUAGUGGGUAUAUCGCUGUAGCAGGGAAUACUGUGGGAAACCAUGAUCAUUAGAUUCAACUGGCUGAAAAGUCUCUUCUGUUUUGGGAUACUCUUUACGGUGUCCCAUCUUGUGCUCUCUGAGGAGGCUGUUGCUGCAGAUAAAGAAGUCACAUUCAGCCAUGUCUACAGGAUUGACUCUGGUUGUAAGCAGGGCUCCCAGAGUGGUCUGCUUUCCCAGGAUCAAGCCUCAGAAGGACAGAUAGUUGCAGUUGAUGGAGAGAAUGACAUUGUUUUCAAGCACAAUAUUCGUUUACAGUCAGCUGGUUGUGGGUGUGCAGAUUCAGAGGAAUUCAAAACUCUACUAUACCGUGUCAAUGGUCUGGAGGAAGAGGUCACCUACCUAAAGAGUCAAUGCGCUCAGGGCUGCUGCAAAGGAGGGUCAGGUGUGGACACUAGCUGUAGUGGGCAUGGCACCUACCAGCAGGACUCUUGCAGCUGUAAGUGUAACCCAGGCUGGGAGGGUCCCGAGUGCUCCAUCUCAUCCUGCCCUGAUGAAUGCAAUGAUAACGGACGCUGUGUUGAUGGACGCUGCGUCUGUUAUGAAGGUUAUUCUGGGCAUGACUGCAGCCAGCUCACAUGCCCAGGCAACUGCAAUGAUAAAGGCCACUGUGUGAAUGGCAAAUGUGUGUGCUUUAGUGGAUUCUCUGGGGAAGACUGCAGUGUCGCGACAUGUCUGAAUAACUGCGUAGACAAUGGACGCUGCAUGGAUGGACAGUGCAUCUGCGAUGAGGGAUUCUUUGGACAAGAUUGCUCCAUGGUUCUAGGGCCAAAAGAUCUCCGUCUGAUCAAGGUCACAGAUGUCUCUCUGUUGGUGGAGUGGGAGUCUAUGAGAGGAGCUGAGUACUACAUCCUGUCCUACUAUCCAAAGGGAGAAGAGGGAGCCAUUCAGGAGGUCCAGGUGGCCAACACGGAAAACUCCUACCUAAUCACAAGCCUCAGGCCCGGAGUCACAUAUAUAGUCAACGUAUAUGCUGUCAUCAGGGGCAUCAACAGUGAAUCUGACCAGAUAGAGGCCACAACUGAUAUCUCUGGUAUUGAUGGAAUCCAGGUGCUGGGACAUACAGAAAACUCUAUUCAGGUAGACUGGCAGAACCCUGCAAUUGCAGUGGACUACUUCAAAUUGACCCAUGCUAGCCCUGACGGCCAGGAGGGACAGGAGAAUGUGGCAGUGAGCCAGGAGGCCAGGACCAUGCACACCAUUGUAGGCCUCAACCCAGGAACUGAAUAUCAGAUAUCAGUGCAAGCAAUCAAAGGUGAAUUGGAAGGCAAGGCAUCAUAUGCCACAGGUGUCACAGACAUUGAUGCCCCAACCAAUCUGGCAACCAGGGAGGUGACGGAAAACUCUGCAAUUGUGACAUGGGAUGGUGUUCAGGCUGAGAUCGAUGGCUACAUCCUGACCUAUAGCUCUACUGAGGGCAUCAGCCAAGAGAUAAAAGUGGGAGCAGAUGCUACCUCAUACCAGCUGACUUCUCUGAAGCCGGGAGUCCUGUACACAGUUUACCUCUGGGCCAAUAAGGGAUCUCAAUCAAGCAGGAAGAGCAUGACUGAGGCUGAGACGGACAUAGAUGCUCCUACAAACCUCUUGGCCAAAGAGACGACAAAGGACUCAGCAAAGGUGACAUGGGACAAGGUGCAGGCACACAUUGAUGGCUACAUGCUGAGCUACAGCUCUGUUGAUGGCUCCAGUCAGGAGGUUCAAGUGGGAGUUGACAGCCCCUCCUACAGGUUCACUGAUCUGAAGCCUGGGGUUGUCUACACAGUCCAUGUGUGGGCUGUCAAGGGCCCUCGCUCCAGCAAAAAGAGCUCUACAGAUGCAGCAACAGAAAUAGAUGCUCCUACUAACCUCUUAACCAGAGAGGUGACAGAGGACUCAGCAUUGGUGAUGUGGGACAAGGUGCAGGCACUCAUUGAUGGCUACAUGCUGAGCUACAGCUCUAUUGAUGGCUUCAGUCAAGAGGUUCAAGUAAGAGCUGACAGCACCUCCUACAGGUUCACUGAUCUGAGGCCAGGAAUAGUCUACACAGUCUACAUCUGGGCUGUGAAAGGCUCCCACUCUAGCAGAAAAGCCACAACUGAGGCUGAAACAGAGAUUGAUGCACCUAAGAAUCUCAAAGCCAUUGACAUUCAGACAAAAACCUCAACUAUAACAUGGGAAGCUCCUCAGGCUAAAAUUGAUGGCUACAUCCUGACUUAUAGGCCCAAGGAUGGCAGCAUGCAGACUGUGGAAAAAACGUUGACUGCAGGAGAGAAUAUAUUUGCUCUCUCUGGCCUUGCAAUAGGGAAAAAGUACAUUGUCACCCUAAUUGCCUACAGGGGCACAAAGAGGAGUAGGAUAGUGGAGGUAACAUUCAGCACAGUGGGUCUCGCCUACCCGUUCCCAAUGGACUGCACACAGAUUAUGAGGAAUGGAAAAAUGGAGAGUGGAGUGUAUACAAUCUACGUUAAUAACAACCGGAGCAGAAGCAUUCAGGUGUACUGUGACAUGACAACUGAUGGUGGGGGCUGGAUUGUGUUCCAGAGACGAAACACUGGCAAAUUAGAUUUCACGAGGCGCUGGAGGGAGUAUAUGAAAGGCUUUGGAGAGCUAACAGAUGAAUUUUGGCUUGGCUUAGAGAAGAUUCAUGAGCUGACCAAUACUCCUACACAAUAUGAGUUGCGCUUCGAUCUAGGCUUGGGAUCGGAGCGGGUUUAUGCAGUCUAUGACAACUUCAAAUUAGCAUCGGCCAAACAGAAGUUUAAACUUACCAUUGGAAAUUACAAAGGAAAUGCUGGCGAUGCCAUGACCUACCAUCAGGGAGGGUUGUUCUCCACAGUUGAUUCAGACAAUGACAUUACACUUGGAAACUGUGCUUUUACUCACCAAGGUGCCUGGUGGUAUAUGAACUGCCACCUGGCCAAUCUGAAUGGCAAAUUCGGGGACAACAGACACAGUAUGGGAGUAAACUGGGAACCAUGGAAGGGGCAUCUUCAGUCUCUUGAUUUUGCUGAAAUUAAGAUUCGACCAGUGGGGACAGCAAGCAGACAGAAGAGGUCACUGAAAAGGAGGGUAGCUGUGUACUAACAAUCACUUGACAAAACAAAGUAAAAAUGUUAUAAUAAAACCAAACAUUCUAGACUCUAAACUUGACAAAUACAUUAACAAAACAGGCUGGAAUAGGUCUUCAGAUCUGGAAAAGGCUCUCCAUGAUGCAGAUUCAAAGCUGUGUAAAUGUAUUUUAUCAUGUUACAAAAGGCAAUUGAUUUUAAAUAGAGUAUGUUAUACUGUACUUCAUUAAUUUAGUAUAUACACACACUGUAUUUGAAAGAAAACAAAAAACAAUUUAUGUAGCAUGACUGAUGUCACAGCGCAAUUCCUAACCCAAUGAUCAAAUGUUUUUUUUUUUUUCAUUGAAGAUAUGCUGUAUAAUGAUCUUCACAGAACUUUUUUUUUAUUACACAGUGUUUAGCACCAAAAAAACGUACUGCAAUUUCUAUAGAUUCAAUUCAGUAGUUUGAAUGACUAUUGUUUAAGUAUUUUUUUCCAUCAUAAUAAUUGACAGAUAUUAAAGAUUCAAAUGUCAUGCAUAAAAAUAUAUUUUAUAAUAUAUGUUUAGCUGUAAUGUCUUACAUCUGCAUUUGUACUGUAGUUGUACUAUAAUUGCUGACAGACACAAAAUGAAGUGUCACAUAUUUUCACAGAAAUAAAG